UACAAAACCCAAUCACAGUAGUAUACAGUAUACACACAGCUUUCACAACUUCCUCACAAGUCACAACGUGCUUAAUUCUCCAAAUUGGAAGAGUACUAGGGUUUCGUCGAUUGAUUGAGAGCUUGAAAUAGGGUUCAGCGAUUUGGGGUCAAUUGAUUGAUUGAGGUAUGGCAUGUGUAUACAUACCGGUGCAGAAUUCAGAGGAGGAGGUGAGGGUGGCGCUUGAUCAACUUCCCCGGGAUGCCACCGACAUUCUCGACAUUCUAAAGGCUGAGCAAGCUCCAUUGGAUCUCUGGCUCAUCAUCGCCAGGGAGUACUUCAAACAAGGAAAAAUUGAACAAUUUAGACAGAUAUUAGAAGAAGGAUCCAGUCCAGAAAUUGAUGAAUAUUACGCAGAUGUAAGAUACGAAAGGAUUGCCAUUCUAAAUGCUUUGGGCGCAUAUUAUAGCUACCUUGGGAAAAUUGAGACUAAACAAAGAGAAAAAGAAGACUACUUUAUACAGGCCACAAAGUACUAUAAUAAGGCAUCAAGAAUUGAUAUGCACGAGCCUUCAACCUGGAUUGGGAAAGGGCAGCUGUUACUUGCCAAGGGUGAUGUUGAACAGGCAUUUAAUGCCUUCAAGAUUGUAUUAGAUGGAGAUCGUGAUAAUGUUCCUGCUCUUCUCGGUCAGGCAUGUGUUCACUUUAGCCGUGGACGAUAUUCUGAUGCGCUGGAGUUAUACAAGAGAGCCUUGCAAGUGUAUCCUUUGGCUCCUUCUGUAAGAGUUGGAGUAGCUCUCUGCUACUAUAAAUUGGGUCGUUUUGAAAAGGCAAAGCAAGCAUUUCAUCGUGUUCUACAGUUAGAUCCAGAGAAUGUUGAAGCACUUGUGGCACUUGGAAUUUCAGAUUUGCAAACUAAUGAAGCUGCUUUUAUUCAGGGUGGGAUGGAAAAGAUGCAUAAAGCUUUCGAGAUUUAUCCUUAUUGUGCAAUGCCGCUAAAUUAUCUUGCCAAUCAUUUCUUCUUCACUGGUCAACAUUUCCUAGUUGAGCAACUGACUGAAACUGCACUUGCUGUAACUAUGCAUGGCCCAACAAAGGCACAUUCUUACUACAAUCUAGCUCGAUCUUACCACAGCAAGGGGGACUAUGAAAAGGCGGGAAUGUACUAUAUGGCAUCUGUAAAAGAAAGCAAUAACCCACACGAAUUUGUAUUACCUUAUUAUGGUUUGGGUCAGGUCCAACUCAAACUAGGAGAUCUACGAAGUGCCUUGACCAAUUUUGAAAAAGUCUUGGAGGUUCUGCCAGAAAAUUGUGAUACAUUGAAAGCUCUUGGACACAUUUAUGUUCAGCUUGAGCAGAAUGAGAAGGCCCAAGAACUAUUUAAAAAAGCCACCAAAAUUGAUCCUCGAGAUCCUCAGGCAUUUCUGGACCUUGGUGACUUGCUAAUUUCAACAGACAUUGGUGCUGCUUUAGAUGCCUAUAAAACUGCACGUAAUCUGCUGAAAAGAGGGAAUGAGGAAGUACCUCUAGAUCUGCUUAACAAUAUUGGUGCCCUCCAUUUUGAAAGGGGAGAGUUUGAGCUUGCUGGGGAGAUGUUUAAAGAAGCUCUGGGAGAGGGCAUAUGGUGCAACCUUUUUGGUGCUGAAGAAGAAUCCAUUCUUCACAUGGCACAAACAAAUGCUGAAGGAGAAACUCCAGGUCAUGAAGUGCGACAAAGUCAAAAUCGCAGGGUUAAUUUAAUAAAUAGCGCACAGUAUCCAGUUGAUGCUAGCUCAAGCAUCCAUCAAUACAAGGACCUACAGUUAUUUCAUCGGCUUGAGGAACAGGGUUUAUCAGUGGAACUUCCAUGGAAUAAAGUUUCAACAUUAUUUAAUUUAGCACGAGUCUUGGAGCACAUGCAUCAGACUGAAUCAGCCAAUAUCUUAUACCGCCUGAUCUUAUUUAAGUAUCCAGACUACACAGAUGCUUAUCUGAGGCUUGCUGCCAUUGCAAAAGCUCGCAACAAUGUUCAAAUUAGCCUCGAACUGAUUGGUGAUGCACUAAAGGUAGACGAGAAGUGUGCUGAUGGUUUAUUAAUGCUUGGUGACUUGGAGCUUAAGAAUGAUGACUGGGUCAAGGCAAAAGAAACUUUCCGGGCCGCGAAGGACUCAACUGAUGAAAAAGAUUCUUAUGCAGCAGUUUGUCUGGGUAAUUGGAACUACUUUGCUGCAAAUCGCAACGAAAAAAGAGCUCCUAAGUUGGAAGCUACACAUUAUGAGAAGGCCAAGGAACUGUAUACAAAAGUUCUGCUGCAGCAAUCUGCCAACCUCUAUGCGGCAAAUGGUGCUGGUAUGGUAUUUGCAGAGAGAGGCCAAUUUGAUAUAGCUAAGGAUCUUUUUACUCAGGUUCAAGAAGCUGCAAGUGGAAGUUCUGACGUCGAGAUGCCAGAUGUGUGGAUCAACCUGGCUCAUGUUCACUUUGCUCAAGGGAAUUUCGCUUUAGCUGUGAAAAUGUACCAAAACUGUUUGCGCAAGUUCUACCAUAAUACCGACAGUCAAGUGCUUCUCUACUUAGCACGGACACAUUAUGAAGCUGAACAGUGGCAAGACUGUAAAAAGACUUUACUGAGAGCUAUCCACUUGGCUCCUUCAAAUUACACAUUGAGGUUUGAUGUUGGAGUUACUCUACAGAAGUUCUCAGCAUCAACACUUCAAAAGACAAAAAGGACUGUGGAUGAGGUGCGCGCUACUGUAGCAGAGCUCAAGAAUGCUGUUCGUCUGUUCAGCUUGUUGUCUGCAGCUUCAAACCUUCAGUUUCAUGGUUUUGAUGAGAAGAAAAUCGAAACUCAUGUUGCAUAUUGUAAGCACUUGCUGGAAGCAGCAACUGUCCAUUGUGAGCUAGCUGAGCGUGAAGAAAGACAGAAUAUGCAACGAUUGGAAGUUAUGCGUCAGAUGGAGUUGGCUGACGAAUCCCGCAGAAAGGCGGAAGAGCAGAGAAAAUAUCAGAUGGAGAAAAGGAAACAAGAAGAUGAGUUAAAGCAAGUUAUGCAACAAGAGAAACAUUUGGAGCGCAUCAAGGAACAAUGGAAGAGUAGCUCUUCUGCUUCAAAGCGGAAAGACAAACCCCAGACUGAAGAUGAGGAGGGUGGGGCUAGUGAAAAGAGGAGGAGAAGGGGGGGAAAGCGGAGGAAGAAGGAUAAGAGAUCACGCUAUGAAUCGGAGGAAGCCGAAGCUGAAGUGGAUGAUCAAGAGGAAAUGGAGUAUGAUGACACCAAUAUGGGCUACAGGGAGCAGUAUAAUGAUGCAAAUGACAAUGAAGAUAAAGACGGCGACAUUCCCCAAGAUGUUCUUGCAGCAACUGGCCUGGAAGAUUCUGACGCCGAGGAUGAUGCAGCUGCACCUUCAAAUACAAAUCGACGAAGAAGGGCUUGGUCAGAAUCAGAUGAAGAUGAGGAGCCAUUGCAGAGGCAACCAGAGGCCGAUCACGAGACUGAUAUGCAGGUGAGUGACGGAGAAGCAAAUGGGGCCAGUGCUGGUGCCGGUGAUGAUGAAGAGUGAGAUGUCCUUUAGAAUGAGUUCCUUCUAAAACCAUCACCAAUUUAACGUUAACUGGUGGCUGAAUGUAGUGAAACAGCACCUAGAUUGUGCCAUCUUUUCUUAUGUAAAGAUACAAAUUUGAUUUCUAACAAAUUGCUGAUGUUACUAAAAUUUCAUAUUCAGCUUAGCACACUCAACUAAUAGCUGUUUCUUGAGAUAUGGUUUCUUAUAACUAUUUUACUAUACAAGUGUCAAUAUUUACUGUCAUGA